AUGGCCACAGCUGCCGUAACCCUCCCCGGUGGCGCCGGCGCAUCGGGCGUGAUCCCAUGCCCACUGCCCGCGACGGUGGAAGAUGCCAUUCGCGCUGCGCAAAAGAUGCAGCCAGGUGGCUGGGAGAAUGCCGUGCUUUCCCAGGGUGUCCAACAUUUAAAACCAGGCACUACCCUGGAAGCUGCUGCGUUGCUUGGUUUCGAAGACGUUUACUGCACUGCUGGACUGGUGACGUGUCGUGCCUUCGACAGCAGCCGUGCGAUCAACGUCCCACAAACGGAAUGCCGUGGUAUCAACUUGAAGCAGCUGUCGCAGCUGGUGGAUUUCAUCCGUGACCAUGCGCACCUCUGGGUGGAGACGUACUCUGGCAGCCCAAACUUUGAACAGCCGUUGGAGCUGCAGACCUUCAACCUCUACCACACAUCUCAUUGGGUCAUAAAGCCAGCCACCCUGCGGUACAGGUGCAGCUUCGUGGAGCUCGUUGCCAAAGACGCAGAAACGCAGUUCCCGUGUUGGUUUGUAAGUCAUGCGUGGCAAGAAGCCGUGUGUCGCUUUGUUGCUUGCCUGCGCCAGCACGCGGAACUGCGGAAUGCCGUGGGACUAGCAUACUGGGUCUGUGCGUACGCAAAUAAUCAACACAAGCUGCAGGAGGAGAUCUCGGCCAACCCACGUGGGACGUCCUUCUACAAGGCCAUGAAACUGGCCGUUGGGGUCGUGCUGAUCUUGGACCGGGUCCCGGAGCCGGUCUCCAAGCACCAAGGCCGAGGCUAUUUCAGUUUUUUUAAAGAUGAAAGGCGUGCCCUGUCACUGACUGAUUCUUGGAAUUUCUGUUCCCUUCAACGACCGAAACGUGUCUUUGUGCUGUUCGUAUCCAACGGUGUUUCGAGUUCUCAGUGGCAAGACACACCUGGUGCUCAGGCCACGCUACGACAGUCAGCGACCAGGUCACGUCACCUAGCUGCGGGUUCUCCACGUGGCGUGGAAAGGACGCCAGGCCGGAGAGACGAUGCGCGAGCGAACCGCGGGGCUGCCAAGUUGGACAGCGAGGACGCCACCUCGUUGUCGCACUAUGUUGGAACAGAGUUGUUAGAAGGAUCCUUUAGGAUUCGCUGCCUCAUGUCGGUCUCUGUGGAUAUUCCUGGACAUGGUUACUUUGAUAUCAAACUGACUGCUUCGAGAACCGCUGCUGACAUUAUUUUAUUGCUACGAGAGCGUUUGCCAGACAGCCCAUGGCAUGGGAACAAGUUGCUGUCAAGUGGGGUCUGCCAGCUGCAGUGCGAUGACAUUGUGGAGGCAACCCACCACGGCACUUUGGUCUUGACAAACUACUCAGAGAUCACCAACCAGGACGGCUAUGCGAAAAAGGGCUGCAGCAUGGUUGAGAUCAUGGCGAUUCAAGUGCAGUCCAAGGUGGCAGUGGCACCUGGCGCGCAACUGGAGAGACGUUUGCAGACCGAGGCAUCGGAAUGUCCAGUCGAAGUCAUCACAGUUGUGAAAGUCUUCAGUCGAAGUCUUCAUGGUGUGAUCUCUGUAAGUUUUCAACCUCCAUUGUUGGGAUGUCUUCCCCGGAAAAACUCACUGCAGUGGCUCGAACGCCCAGCAUUGCGCGACGAGUUUCGAGAGUCGUGGGGUGAGGACAUGGCCAGGAAUUUAGAGUUGACUCGCUGCCUCAUGUCGGUUUCUGUGGAUAGUCCCGAAUUUGGUCACUUCGACAUCCCGUUGACUGCCUUGAGCACUGCAGCUGACAUCAUUUUACUGCUACGUGAGCGUUUGCCAGAGAAUCCAUGGCAUGGGAACAAGUUGCUUUCAAGUGGGGUCUGCCAGCUACAGUGCGAUGACAUUGUGGAGGCAACUGGCUACAGCAGUUUGGUCUUGACAAACUACUCAGAGAUCACCAACCAGGAGCCUUUCUGCAUCGAAGAUACUGCAGAGCGAGGGAUCACGCGCGAGCAAUUGGCAAAGAUCGUUGCUUUCAUCUCCAAGAUGGCUGACAGAUGGACGGCUAUGCGAAAAAGGGCUGCAGCAUGGUAG